AUGGAGUUUCUGGAAGUCGAACAAGGAGCCGACCGUGAGUUUUAAUUUUUCCAUAAAACUCUGUCUCACACUUUUUCUCAUCAUUUUGCUAAGAUUAAUAGUAAUGCAGUCUCACGCAGUUUUCGACCACUUAAUCUCCAAAUCUUAUGUAAAUUAGGACCAAGUGUCGAUCAUCUCCUGACGUUUCGUCUCUCUUAUGAUCCUCAUCUUGAAGCAAGACUUCUGUUUUGGCAGUCGAGAUAAUUCUCCUCAUCAAAUAUUUGAAAUUCAGUUGCAAAAACAACUGAUUCAGCUGAAGCUAAUAAAUAGAGUAAUUGAGCUUCCUAGCGGCUCGUUAGAGAUGUUCCCUGCAAUUUAUUCUAAGAAGCUGUGUAAUGAGAGUAAAAUUCUAGUCUUGUUCAUCUCACAACCAAAAAGUAGGCUUGAAGCCGCAUUAUGCGAAGAUGUGUUGCGUCAAUUAUGAUUCCUAGAAGAGCCGUUCUCAGCGCCGCUUUGUGAAAGUUGCGAUUCUCACUUCUCGGCCAUUUUCCAAUUACAAGCUUUUUUGCGGUUUGUCAAUCGGAAAAUAUUUCAAAAACGUAACUUUGAGACACGUUUGAGACAUUUUAAAGCUACCUUUACACAACUACAAACUGACAAAAACAAUGUUUAGCAUCAAAAAGUUGUGUGUAGUUUUCUGGGCGUAUUUACAAGUUUUGACUUUUUUCUUAAGCUUCUUUCGAGAAGCUCAAAAAUCUUUGGGGAGAUUGCUUUUGAGAAUAGUUUUUGUCCCCUUCUUUGUAAUCGAAUUUUAAUUUCCAAGUUUUUUUUAGGGUGUAUUUUUGUAAGUUUGUAUCAGAAUAAUCCCGAAUUUUUCAAUUUGUAAAAUAAUUCAUUUUUUUUUGUUCUGUUUCAACAGGACAGAUUGCAAAAAGUUAAUUGGAAGAAUAGUUUUUCAAGAUUUCUUGUCUUUUCACUGACUUAUUUUUAAAAACCCUUCUAAAUUUUUAUUGGUUCGUAUUGGUAAUUUUCAAAAAGAAAUACAUUAAUUUUUUGAUUUUCCUUCUGCAAUCAUUAACAGAGAGUUUCAUUGUUUCAAAAAAGGUUCCCAACGCCGGCUUAUCUGCCAUUGUUAGUCGUCGAAUUCACUUGGAUCCAGAAGCCAAGCUCCGCCCCUUUUGCGCGGAACUGCCGGUUUUCGUUAAGUCCAUAACUUAUUACUCUCUUUGCUGAAUCGCUUUCUCUAAUCAAAACUUAGAGAUUUACUUGACAUUUAUUCGGUAAUGGCAAGUUAAUGUAGUCUCGAAGUUCACUUACAUGGUUUACAUUCAAAACUUUUUGAGUAAUUAACAUGAAUGUGGUGUGUUUUUACACCCUUCUAAGCAUCAAAAACAUAAAAUGAUAAUAACGUACACCUGGAACUGAAGUUUUUUUUUCUUUUUUUCAUUGUGGUCUUUUUAUUGCUUUAAACUUCUUUGCCUUGCUGCUCAAGCUCUGAGAAUACUUUGUAUCCAAGUCCUAGUUUCAUCUCUUCUGUUCAAAAAGCACUGCUUUUUUAAAAUUGAAAGUUUCAAAUCAUAAGAGGAAUAAACUUCCUUGAUUUUUUUUCAAGAGUUUUUAAGCAAACAUUUUCUUUGGGGCUCAUUUUUCCAUGAAAAAAUGAGACUAAUUUCCUGAACAAACCAAGAUUUCGGCUUUUAGAAAGCGGACAGCACGGCGACUCGACGUCAAACGAGAGCGACCGUCUGAUGGAUUCCGAUGAUGAGGGCAAUAUCCAGAUUCCUGUGCCAAUCGGACCAACUCGUGGCCGAAUGGGCAGAAGGUUCGUUUUUUUUAUAUAUAAGCUUUUUUUCAUUACCACUUCUUGAAGAAAUUUUGUAGAUGUACACAUAUUAUUUCAAGAAAGUCUCGCAGGCUUUGCGAGAAAUUCUUUGAACUUUGAACACUGGAAAAUAUUGGAAUUUCACUCAAAACUGAAUACAAAGGUUAUAAAAAAAGCGGAACGCGUACAGAAAUUCAAUCCUCGAGAUAAAAAAAGUUUAUUAUUUUUUUAAAUAAAUAAAUAAAAAUUCCACUAGUAUUCUUAGUAUUCUUUUUGAUUUCGACAUUUUUUUAUAUCCGAGUAAAGUUUCAUAAUUUAACAGGGAAAAAGAAAGGAUCUUCUCUGUUAGAAAAGAUUGAACCAAAAAAUUAAUGUUUUCCACAAAUUAUCUUGAAUUUUUUUUCAGAAAAGUUGUUCAGUCUUUCUGAGAAAUUAGAAAAAAGUUUCAAGGCCAGUUUACAUGCAAAAAUGGGAUUAGACGAAAAGCUUCAAAGGGUAUCACAGACAGGUCACUGGAAGACGGAUCGCUUCGUUUUGCAGUGAUCCCCAUGAACAAGUCGGUUUUUGGCGACUUUAAGCGCAGUAUCGUGCAUACAUACGCCGCAGACGCGCAAGUAAUCCUUGCGAUCCAUCACGACAUGAUCCCUUGGAGUACUUGGCGUUUCUGUGGGUCCGCUCCCAUGUUCAUCGGCGCCAAGCGAUUCAGCGGCGGUUUCUACGAGUUCCGCUCGUGAGAAAGCAAUAGAAAAAAGAAGCUUUCUUUGAACAUUGCUCAAUGCCAUUGGCUUUUGUGAGCGACAUUGUAACGAUGGGAACGGAAAAAAACAUUAAAAAGUUGUUCUGCGCUCCUUCUCAAUUGAAUUACCAUGGUAAUCUUUAAUUUCGCUUUUACAUUGUCGUCAGAAAAUUUUCAGUGACUUUUUUCAAUGCUAUCUUAUACCGUCCGACGAAAGUAGGUCUUUUUUGCAGAAUUUAGCGCUCUAAAUUCGAUAAAAUUCGUAUUUCAAGUCUUAAAUUUGAUGGAUUUCCAAAAACGGCUCAAAAAGCUUUUUAUUCUGACUUUCGUCGUUUUUUUCCAAUCCUAACCUCAGACAUUUAUUGCUCGACUAGUAGAUAACUCAUCAAAUAGAAAAGAAAGAGUUCAAUUCAGUGAGUUCGUAGAACUUUGAAAACAUACGAACUGUUAAAAUUUUCUUUUCAGAUAAUAUUUACCGAAGAAAAACUGUCCCAGGGCUGUAUCAACCGAAAAGUUGCCUUUUUUAUUCAAAAAAAAAUGUUUACGAAUUAUGAGGGUAAGUCUGAAGAUCCUCCUGUUUAAAAAACCGGAAAAAAAAACUGAAGUUUUGCUGAAACGACUUCGAUCAAAUAACGUUUCAAAAUUCAACUAACUACGGAACUACGCAGACUUUAGCAGAUGAUCGGUCCUGGUUUCAAAUAUCCUGACCUAGGUCUACAAACCACCAAUGAUUGAACUCGAUUCGCAAAUUCGGCUCCGUGUAGUUAGUAAAGAUGCCAUUUUCUCGAAUUUUUGUGCCGUCCUCCGAUAAAAUAGCUCUAAAUGACUCACAAAAAAAAUAAUAUGAAAAACGUUCUUUGGCACACACAAAAAUAGCUAAUUUCGUUCAGAUUGCUCUAGUUUCAGAGAAAAUAUCCAGCUUGUGAAAUUUAGUUUUUGUGAAAAUUUUUGAAAAACUGAAAUCGAAUAUUAUGUCAAAGUAAAAAGUGUUAGUUUUUCGUAGAUUUUCAGUUAUUAAAAAAAUUGUAAUGUUGAUUAUCUUGUUUCAGAUUCACCCUGAACCCACUAAUUUUUGCGAAAGAGGAAAGAGAGGCUCGUCGACAGUCGUUAGCGCAACUCAAACUCAGUUAUUACCCAAAGCAUAUGAAUCGUAAGAUUAUUCAUGAUUCGAAAGUGUUAAAUAUUUUGCAGCUGAACAUUACGACACGGGUCUUGGGUUUUGCGGUUGGUUUCUAAUGGGAUUGUCAUGGAUCGUCAUACUGGCAACUUUUCCAGUUUCAAUUUGCUUUUGUAUCAAGGUAUGAAAUAUACAGUUUUGUUUCUCAACUCGUUCAAAACUCAGUGGUAUUCUCAUGGCUCACUCUUAGAAUUUGUGAGAUACUUUUGACACAGGUUUUUCUAAUAUUGUUCAAAUAUUGUUCCCUUAAAUCAAUCUUAAAAAACAAAUUCUAACUAAUUUAGUUUAGAAAUUACAUCUCAAACAGAUAUACGAAACUCAUUUUGGAAACACGCGAAAAUCAAAACUUCAGAAACCGCGAAAACAUUUUCCACCUUGUUCAACGAUAUAUCGGCUAAUCAAAAACCAGCAAGUCUGUCUGAAAAUCUUUUAAGUUCCUUCUUUUUACGCACUAACUGUGUAAUUAGAUAAAAUCCAAAAAAACUCAUUAGUUUUUUUGAAUUUUUUGAAAUUGACAUUUUGCUUUUUAAGGUUGUGCAAGAAUACGAACGGGCGGUCAUAUUCCGAUUAGGUCGUCUCAUUGGCGGAGGAGCCAAAGGACCCGGUUAGUUUCUCUAUUCUUCUGUAACGAGGAAAACAUAAGAAAAUUAUGAUAACAGCGCUAUUUAAAGCAAAAACGUUCCCUUGUAGAAUGAGAUAAAUAUUUUCUUUUCAGGCAUAUUUUUUGUCCUUCCUUGUAUCGAGUCAUACACAAAGGUCGAUCUGCGUACAGUGUCUUUCAGCGUCCCUCCUCAAGAGGUUUGAAAAUUAUUCAUCAUCUCAAAUUUCGAUAUCUCCUACAGAUUUUGACAAAAGAUUCGGUGACAACUUCCGUCGACGCAGUUGUGUACUAUCGAGUUUGCAACGCCACUGUUAGUGUAGCGAACGUCGAGAACGCCCAUCAUUCUACAAGGUCAUCAAUGUUUUGAUCAGGAAAAUUAUAGAAAAUCUUCAGGCUACUCGCUCAAACCACACUCAGAAACAUGUUAGGAACAAGAAGUCUUUCUGAAAUUUUAUCGGAUCGAGAAACACUUGCCGCUUCCAUGCAGGUAAGAUUUCUUCAUUAAACACUCACGAAAACGAAGUUUUCCAGACAAUAUUAGACGAAGCGACUGAAAGUUGGGGAAUCAAAGUGGAACGAGUAGAAAUGUCUGCAAAAGGGCUUCUUUUUGUAUUCAAUGUUCUAAAUUACAGAAAAGAUGUUCGAUUGCCCAUUCAGCUCCAAAGAGCAAUGGCAGCAGAAGCAGAAGCUACCAGAGAAGCUCGAGCAAAAGUAUAAUUUAUUUGAUAUCUAUUUCAAAGAUUCCAUGAAAUCAAAGUUGUAUAUCCUACUCAAAAUUACUAAUGAGAAGGCUCUAGAAGGCACUGAACAAUUCAAAAAAAAAUUGUCAAAGUGAGAAAUAAUUUUCAGAAAAAAAUUUUGAGUCAUGAAAAAAAUGUCUGGUUCCUACUAGAAAUUCUGGUCACAAAAAGAAUGAAAAACACCAAAUUUCAUUGAUUGCGACAAGGGAUUCAGAAUAAACAAAUUUUUCAAAAUAUCACAAAAUGGUCCUACUCAAAUCAGUGAGGAUGUUUCAAAAAAGGGCGAGUUACCGCAAAAUUUUGUGCUCCUGUGCACUCUGGGAAUCAUCUAAACUUUGCAAUGAACUUUAAAAUUUUCAAUUAUUCCCAAAAAAACUUUUUUUAAUUCCACAAAAAAAAUGCUAAGAAGGGUUAGAUCAUGAAGAAUUGAACGGAAUGUUUAGUAGUGAAAAUCAAAAAUCAGAAAAGAGAAAAUAAAAAAACUUAAUGAAAGUAAAAGCAGAAUUUUUUUGAAUCUUUCCUGCGAGUCAUCGACUUCUCACCAAAACUAUCUCAUGAUAGACUUUUGAGGGUCAACUUUUGUCACGCGCUCAUUGGAUAACAACUGCCUGUAAAAAAAAACCUCAAGGUUUCAAUUUCAAGCGUAAUGUGAUAAGUUCCUUCUAUAAGAUCCCAUUAUUUCUGUCAUGUUUGUCGGGUUGUGAAUUGAGUGAAAUUUUCUCGAGUAUAACGAAUUCAAAAAAAAAAUUGAUUUCCCAAUAAAAACACAUUUUAUUGAGUUUGAAAUUUGAGGUGAUCGCGGCAGAAGGUGAACAGAAGGCGUCAAGGUCACUGCGUGAAGCGGCUUCCGUCAUUGCGCAAUCCCCAGCUGCUCUACAGCUUCGUUAUCUUCAAACGCUUAACAGCGUCGCGUAUGUUUCGAAUCUACGUUGUCGGAAAAUUUUCGAGAUAUUUCAAUAAUUAUAGUCAUUUCCGAAAUCUUCGCUUAAGUUUGAAAAGAGCGCAAGUAUUGCAAGACCUAAAAUAUUUCCAACAUGGAAUACCAUAUACCUGAUUUUAUGGUAUUUCGAUUAAAGAACUUUUUGAUUCACCAGAUUUUUAUAAUUUCCGAAUUUCCAGAAGGCGCCAGUCUCAACUUCUUUACAACUUUUUUUAAAGUUCAAUUAUUUGAAAUAUCGUGGUUGCAGCGCGGAAAAGAACUCCACGAUAAUAUUCCCACUACCGAUGGAGCUUGUGCGCCAUUUGAUGAACUAA